CUUUCUUCCAAAAAACGGUGCAAACUCGUAAAAAUUGCCACCUUAGUCUAAAGUAAGGGAUCACACAUGAAGACAAAUAAUAUAUUAAGGACAGUAAAACUGGAAGCCCAAAGAUUUCUGUACAAGGUGCACCAAGGAGCAUGGAACAUGUAGAGCAUCUGCUAAUUAAUGCUGAAUUUUGCUCAACUGGUUUAAAAAUCUAUUUACAAGUAGUAGAAAAGUAGCACAUCAAUAAUUCCCUUUGCUAUCGUACUUUCGUGCGAAUACUUUCACGUUUGAUGAUCAGCCAAACAACAUGGCGUCGAGUUGUAGGUGGAAAUAGCCAGAAAUGAAGAAAAAAACAUAUUUGAGUUGUUAAUGCGGCAGUUCGUUUGGUAAAUUUGACAGACACAAUAGUUAUUGAUCUAUGUUUGUUAUGUGCCAUGUAGUUUUACUCGCUGUGUUUCGUAUUGGCGUAAUGACAAGACCCGACCCGAGUUCCUGCCCAAUUUACCAUUAAAACCCUAUUAAAAGUAGAUUUCUUAUUUACUAUUAAUGUGACUAUGUAGUUUGAAUUAGCUUCUUUGAUCAUACGAAAUAUAUCCUUGGUACCAACGUCCCUCUAGAGAGAGUGAUUGGGAGUCAGUGUUGUGUACUUACAGUCCUAAUUAUUAAGCCACAAUUAAUACAUUUCUUUAACAAUUCUAUGAAACAUUACAGAUAUACAUGAUACUAUUUAUAGUACUGUAUGUAGAAUGACAGCAGCAGUAAUGGCUAAUGGAAACUGGGAUCCAGCUCUGUCACGGCUAUUAGUAUCUUUAGAAGAAGCUAGACAAGUACUUCCGAGUUCUGAAGAAGAAUUUGGCUUUCUCAGUGAUUUGUUACAAUCAAAAGAGUUGCAUGCCUUAGUAAAGGUUCAUAACAAAAUAAUAAAUAAUGGUAAAGAUGAAAAGUUCCACCCUACUUUAUCAAAUUCAAUGCAGAUAGCUCUAGAAGUGUUGGAAGUAGUAGCUCCACGAACUUGUAUCAGUGAAGACUGUAAAGAAGUAUUUAUGUUACUCCAGAAACCUCAUAUUCAGGGUUUGCUGUGUGCUCAUGAUGCUGUGGCUCAGAAAGACUAUUUCCCAAGACUCCCUGAAAUACCCCUGGAAGUGGAUGAAGAUGAAGAAACCAUUAAAAUUGUCCAGCUUGUCAAAAGCAACGAGCCUUUGGGGGCUACUAUCAAGACCGAUGAAGAGACAGGAAAAAUUGUAAUAGCUCGUAUUAUGCAUGGGGGAGCAGCAGAUCGAUCUGGUCUCAUUCAUGUUGGAGAUGAAGUGUGUGAGGUCAAUGGCAUCAGUGUAGAAGGCAAAACUCCAAAUGAUGUUCUCAAGAUUUUGCAAAGUUCGGAAGGUACAAUUACUUUCAAGUUGGUACCUGCUGAUGGCAAGAGUGGUUUACGAGAAAGCAAAGUAAGAGUGAGAGCUCACUUUGAUUACGCAUCAGCCACUGAUCCAUAUAUUCCUUGUAAAGAAGCAGGCUUGGAUUUUGUAAAGGGUGAUAUACUGCACAUAGUCAGCCAGGAUGAUGCUUAUUGGUGGCAGGCAAGGAGAGAAGGGGAUAGAAAUAUGAGAGCUGGAUUGAUACCAAGCAGAGCAUUACAAGAACGCAGGAUUAUUCAUGAACGGGCGCAAAUAGACAAGGCAGCUGGAGAAGAAAAGACCAGUGAAGAUGAAACGUGGAAUCUGGGUUUACAUUUACUUCCCACUAACUUCCCUGUAGGUCUAUGCUCUGUUUCAGUCCUCCCUGGGUGCCAGUCCCCCAAGUCCCCCCGGUGUGCCUCUAAACCCAAAACUAAAAAGAUUAUGUAUGAAUUAGCAGAGAAUGAUGACUUUGACCGCGAGGAGAUAGCCACAUAUGAAGAAGUGGCGAAACUAUACCCACGUCCAGGUCUGCACAGACCUGUAGUGCUGAUUGGGCCUCCUGGUGUAGACACUUCAAGAUCUGUUCGACAUGGAGAAGUACAUGGUAAGGAGUAUUUCUUUGUGACUAGAGAAAAGAUGGAAGAAGAAAUUGAAUCUGGAAAAUUUAUUGAAUUUGGAGAAUACAAGGGAAAUCUGUACGGCACUUCAGCAGAGAGUGUGAAGUCAUUAGUGAAUGCUGGAUAUGUUUGUAUUCUUAACCCGCACUACCAAGCCUUAAAGAUGUUGCGGACACCACAAUUGAAACCUUACGUUAUUUAUAUUAAACCUCCUCCCUUUGAUGUUCUGAAAGAAACAAGGAAUGCAGCAUAUGCCAGAUCCACAUUUGAUGAAAAUAAUUCAAGGGGUUUUACGGAUGAGGAGUUCAGAGACAUGCUUCAUAGUGCAGAACGAAUCGAGUUCCUGUAUAGUCACCUGUUUGACUGCACUAUUGUAAAUGCUGAUCUGUCUGCUGCCUUUGAACACCUGGUGCAAGCAGUAACCAGAGUGGAAACAGAACCUCUGUGGGUGCCAGCCUCCUGGGUGCAGCUUCUCAAACAAACUGUGAAAUUAUCUGUUGGAGUAUUGAUCUGUGUUACAGAUGAAGAGCCUCCUGAAAGGUUAAGAUACACCUUUGUUGUUUUCCUGUUGUUUGAUGCUGCUGCUUUGUUGCAGACAGCAGCUUAUCUUAUAGAAAAAGUUGAAAUAAAAUUGAAAGGUGAGCAGUAUCACAAUUAUUGUGCAAUCAUACAUUUUAAUAGUGUGAAAUUAUCUGUGUUACUUGUGGAAAUAUUUUACAAGCAUAAAAAGUAUUUGCAAGUACCUGUAUUAACUCAUAAUUACCAA